CAUCCUGAUCCCUAACAGAUAUAUAGUAAGUAAAUUGUGGGGCCAGGUCUGUUUAAACUUUGGCUUUACUAUGUAACAAGGCAAGCUUCUCUAUCCCACCAAGGCCAAAAGGAAGUUUGCUUGUGACAUGAAAACAAACUGACUCAAAUCUUCCCUAGCUGUCAAUCAGAUAUGGAUUCUCUUCCUUUACAAUCUGGAUAUGUUUCUAAAUCUCAUUUUUGUAAUAUUAUAGUUUUUAUUAUUUCAUCUGCUUUGAGGUAUACUAUAGUAAGUGCCCUUUUAAGUUUCCAUUUUAUCUUUAAAGGAUGCAUUUCUUUUCUGCUAAUUGGCUCUUGGUGAGAAGAGAAUACUUAAGAAGGAAGAAAAUUUUAGCUUUAGCUCCUUUUUCACAGUUUUUUUUUCUUCUAAAACUUAUGCAUUGUUACAGUCUUAAUUGAUUAUCUUUUAUAAUUUAAAGGAAAUAUCCAAAUGAUUUAAGAUAGUGGUCAGGAAAGUAGUAGGCUUGCUAAUACUCAGUCACAAAAGAUACACUAUUCCUAUGCUUUAUUUGGCUUAAAAUAUAUGUUUAGGGGGAGCUUGUGCCCAGUGGUUUGCCUGCAUGAAAACUCACAAAUCAAAGCAAAGAAAAAGUUACUUAGCGGCCCCAUAUGUUACGUAAAGAUAUGUUUUUCCAUAGCUUUCUCUUCCUCGUGCUUACUUUUUUUCCUCUCUACGUGGACACCUACGUAUGUAUUAUGUAUACUGUUGCUUUGUGUGUUUCAUCUUUAAAUAAGGCCAAUCACGGAUUUGUUUUCCAAAGGUAUAUAAAAACACAACUUAUAAGCUUUGUUUGUUUGCUUCCCAUUUCGCUUUCCCCCCCUCUUUUUAGCAUCUUCUGUCAAAAGAUCUCUUCCUCUAUUUAUGUGACAGUCACUUCACCAACUUCAUGGAUGUUCUGCUCAUGUUAAACAGGAAGCUGUAGGGACAUUGGGUUUGGAGUAUGGGUGGAAAUGGGAUUAGAGCUGUUUUGUCUCUCAGUAUUAUUGUGUUUCUUCUUGUCGGUAAUUUAGCAAGCUCAGCAACAAGUGUUCCAUCAACAGAAACGGUCAAGAAUUUGCGGUUUAGUGGUGAGGAUGCGAAUCUGUAUCAUGAGAGCAAGCGAAAAGUUCCAAAUGGACCUGAUCCUAUCCACAACAGGAAAGCAAGAACUUCAAGACUGCCACCAAGAGUUUGAUUUAGCUCCAAUACAUACGAUGUAUAUGCUGUAAACUCAUAGCUUCUGAACCCUUGCUUUGCUUUUGCAAAGAUGAAGUCUCUUCUUGCUGAGUAGGCAUUUUGGAAGGUGAAGUCUUGCUCUUUUUUUCUUUUUUUGGGAACAUUAUGUCUGAAGAUUGAUUACUUUUAGAAGUGAAGAUUGAGUCUGAUAUUAAGACUUUUUCAGGGCUUUGUAGGGUUUUGUAAUAACAUUUUGUAUUAACUCUCUUUGCCUUUUCUUUUUAAAAUUUAUUUAAGUUUUAAAGUUUGCUUUUGUU